AUGAAGACAAUCACAACAUUCUUGCCCCUCUUGACCAUCUUUUGCAUUAUCCUAGGAAAUCACAAAACUGUUGCAUUUGAUAAAAACCUCAAAGGGAACGAACUAAUCAACGUAGUAUGUAGCGAGUCACAAACAAAGGAUCUAUGUCUUAAGGUACUUACCUCGGACCCAUCAUGUCCUCAAGCAAGCCUACAAGACCUAGUCUUGAUAUCUCUUAAGGUCGCGGCCGCGAAUGCGUCCGGCAUCCUAACAGAAUGCAAGACGCUUAUCGACGACCCAAAUUUUGACCCGGCAUUCCAACAAGGUCUGGCUGAUUGUAAGGAGACCUUGUUGGAUGCCGAGGGUCAACUUGAGGACACCAUUGCUGCCACAUUGGCAAACAAAGAACAUGAUGCUCAAGUUUGGCUUCAAGCAGCAUUGGCAGCCAUUGAUACUUGUGAUGCUUCAAUUCCUGGUGAUGAUGAUAUUUUGUCUCAACAAAGUAGAGCUUUUCGCCAUCUUUGCAACCUUGCCAUUUCUCUUAGCAAGGCCUUGGAUUCUUCUUCUAAGAUGAAGCCUAAAUAA